CAUUUCCUUCUUUAUCUCAAGAAGUCAUCACGUUUCAUCACUCCCACGAGCCUCUCCUUCUUCACCCAACUACUCAUCAGCAAUUCCACUUUGGUCCCACGUCUCUCUCUCUCUCUCAAAGGCUCAAGACAGUGUUGACAUUACAUCACAUUUUUACAGACCAACAGAAAUUUUACACAGGAAUCUUUAUCCUGCCAAGAAAAGCAGCAAAGCCCGCUUCUCUCUCUUCCUUAAUCGUUUCCAUGGAUUGCCCAGUAAACAGAGACAGCGAGCGAGAGCAUUCACUUUUUCUACCGAAAACAAGAGAAAAAAGCAAGAACCUUUAAAGCUUUGUUUUUUAGCAGUCAGGAGAAAAGAAAAAUAAAGCCUUGCGCCCUGCACAGAAUCCAAUACUCUGUGUGCAUAGAUUUCUCCGUUUCACUGUCCCUGUCUCCUCUCUCUCUUGGUUCCUGCAAAUUUUCUUUACUCUCUCUCUCUCUCUCUCUCUCUCUCUCAGCAGCUCUGAAGACUGAACCUCCCAACGACAUUUCAAGACCCUUCUUCUCUCUCUCUCUCUCUCUAUUCUUAUUCUUGAGGGGGUCAAACGAUCGCCGGAAAUCUGUCACAGUCGCUGGUUAAAGUAAUUAACAGCUCUCUUACUUACCCGUCCCGAUAUAGAUCGCAUGGCCAUGGAAAGAAGGAAAUGGAAUGUCCUACCAUUUUUGCUAGGUUAGAAAGUUAAUGCUCUGCUUUAAAGGUACAGAGGAUCAUGUCUCUUAUAAGAGGGAAAUGAAAAUGAAUACAUUUCGCUGGAUGCUCUUGAAAGGUACGUGAUUCCAAACCAGCAUUUCAUUGAAAGCUGGAGAAAGGAUUUCACUGCUGCAGAGUUAUGGGAAGGAGGAGAGAUUUAUAUCUGUCCAAGCAUCCAUUUAAUGCAUACCCUUUUGAGGCUUUGUGUGUGGGAUCAUGGCAACCUGUGGAGUCAAUAAGAAUUAGCCAUGGAAGAAUGACCACAUGCACUGUUGAUGACCAGUAUACAAUCGAGGAAAGUGGACCUUUCACUAAUGUGCGGAUAAAGUCACGUCAAGCAACUUUAUCUGACUGUACCUGCUUUUUGAGGCCUGGGGUGGACAUAUGCGUGCUUUCUCCUAGCGAAAAAUCAGAUUGCUUUGGAGAACUUCAAGAGCCUGGGUGGGUUGAUGCACGGAUAAGUUCGAUUGAGAGGAAGCCUCAUGAAUCUAGAUGCUGCUGUCAGUUCUAUGUGAAAUUGUACACUUCCAAAUGUCCUCUUGGCUCAGAAAAAGGAGUACUUAGUCAAGAGAUUAUUUUAGUAGGAAUAGAUGACAUCUCCAUCCUCCAAAGACUCGAUUCUAAACAUUUUGAAAGCCAGCUAUAUCGGUGGACGUACGCCGAGGACUGCUCUUUAUUGCAGAGAAGUAAAUUGCUACUAGGAAGAUUCUUGGCUGACAUUUCUUGGUUACUUGUCACAUCAGCCCUGAAACAGAUCAUUUUCAAUAUAAGGUCACUGCACAAUAAGAUUGUCUACGAGAUAUGUGGUCGUGAUGGAAGAGUCUCUUUCGAUACUGACAAUAACUUGAGAACUUUGAACUUCAAAGUCGAAAAUGAAGUUAUGCUUCCUAUCAUAGUCCAGCACAUUCCAACGAAAACAAGUGAGGCAGUUGUUGCUUUUGAAGAACAUGAAUCUGCACUUGUGCCCUUCUCAGAUGUUAUGGACUUGAGACGCUCCAAACGUAGAAACGUUCAGCCAGAGCGUUUCCUUGGAUGUGAUGUAUCCCAGUUAAACAUUUCCUUUCAUACUACAGGGCUAUACAAGGUUGAUAAAUGGAAUAAUAUCGAAGAAGAUGAAGAAAUGUCUCUACCGCUCUCUGAGCUAUUCGGUUUGCGUGCAAAAAGUUCAGUUGAGCAUGCAGGGCUUAAGAAAAGGAAGUGGUCCCGCAAAAGGAAAACCACAAGAGAUCUUGUUGUGCAUGAGAAGUCAUUUGAAUCGAGGGAGGAAAAACAGACCGUUGGUAAGCGGAAGGACUAUCACACUGAAUCAAGCACCAGUAGUCGAAAGGAUUACCAAAAUCGACUUGCUAUUGUUCCUCUGGGUACUGAAAGUGAUCCUAUUGCCCUCAAUCAAUAUCAUCCACGAGCCAAGAUCCCGAGAAAUCGUUCGCGGGUGAACAAUGAAGAUCCAUUGUAUUAUUCUAUGCAAAGUUCAUCGGUCGAGCAGGGUAGGGGCUUUCCUGAUCUAGAAGAUAUGGAGUUUGAAACAAGAUGGGUCGGAAGUCCUCCAGGCAAGAAAAUUCAACGGAAAAAGUACCACCAAGUACAAACCAAAAGAGAGUGUCUGACUGAGGAGAGAAUCUACGGCCAAAGAACCUUAAGUGCUGGCAUGUAUAAGGAUCUCAUAAAGUCUUACAUGAAGAGCAUUGAUUCCACAGUAACAAACAAUGAAGAGCCGCUUUUGGUAGAUCAGUGGAACAGAUUGGCCAGCAGAAACCAUGUGGACCGCCGAUUUGAGGUGGAAAUGCCCUCACCUGUUGAGGAAGUUGAAGACCCCGAAUUAGAGAUGUUGUGGAGAGAGAUGGAGCUGUCCAUGACAUCAUCAUACCUUUUCGAGGAGAACGAGGGAUCGAAAGCUGAACUGUGCAAUGAGUAUGUUGAAAGAACAAUUAAUCGCUGCCACCAUGAGAAUAUUCUGGACGAGGAAAUCGGGAUUUUAUGCAAAUUGUGUGGUACUGUGAUCUCUGAAAUAAGGGAUAUUUCACCAGCAUUUCUGCCGUCAGCAACCUGGACAACAGACCACAAGACAAACAACGAACAGAACCCCGAACAUGAUCAAGCUGAAGACGAAGGUCUGGAUAUCUUCUGUAAGAAUGAUGCUUCGGACCCAAAAGUAGCAGAAGAAAACGAGAACGUAUGGACCCUAAUUCCUGAACUUAGGAAAAAAUUGCACAUCCAUCAGAAAAAGGCUUUCGAGUUUCUGUGGCAAAAUGUGACAGGAUCACUGCUACCAGCUCAGAUGGAGACGUCAGGCAAGAAGACCGGUGGUUGUGUCAUAUCUCAUACCCCUGGAGCUGGAAAGACUUUUCUUAUAAUUGCGUUUCUUGUCAGCUACUUGAAAUUGUUUCCAGGCAAACGACCAUUGGUUCUUGCUCCGAAGACGACACUGUAUACCUGGCAUAAAGAAUUUGUCAAGUGGGAAAUCCCAAUACCUGUCUAUCUCAUCCAUGGUCGUCGAAGCUACAGAGUAUUCAGGCAAAAAAGUAUUUCAUUUGCAGGAAUGCCAAAACCUGGUCAAGAUGUUAUGCAUGUUUUGGAUUGCUUAGAGAAGAUACAGAAGUGGCAUGCUCAUCCCAGCGUGCUUGUCAUGGGAUAUACCUCCUUUUUAACUCUAAUGCGAGAAGACUCAAAAUUCGCUCACAGAAAACACAUGGCUAAAGUAUUGAGAGAAAGCCCCGGUAUCCUCAUUCUAGAUGAGGGUCACAACCCCAGAAGUACCAAAUCCAGGCUGCGGAAAGUUCUGAUGAAAGUUCAGACGGACUUGAGAAUAUUGCUCUCUGGGACGCUCUUUCAGAAUAAUUUCUGUGAGUACUUCAAUACUCUUUGCUUGGCAAGACCGAAGUUUAUCCAUGAAGUAUUGAGGGUACUGGAUCCAAAGUUCAGAAAGAAAACGAAGAAGAAAGCACGCAACUUGUUGGAAUCUCGAGCGAGGAAGUUCUUCAUCGAUAAUAUCGGAAAUAAAAUCAAUUCCAGCAAUAAUGAAGAAAGGAUACAGGGCCUAAACAUGCUGAGGAAUAUGACAAGUGGAUUCAUUGAUAAUUAUGAAGCUGGAAAUUCAGAUACUCUUCCCGGUUUACAAAGCUAUACUCUAUUGAUGAACCCAACAGAUAUACAACAACAUGUGCUGUUGAAGCUUCACAGGAUCAUGUCUAAGUACCAUGGAUAUCCUCUUGAGCUAGAACUUUUAAUUACACUCGGCUCCAUACAUCCUUGGCUGGUCAAAACUGCUUGCUGUGCCAGCAAAUUUUUUAACAGGGAGGAACUGAAUCAGCUUGACAAGCACAAGUUCGAUAUUAAGAAAGGGUCAAAAGUGAAGUUCGUCCUUAGCCUCGUGUAUCGUGUUUUUCAGAAGGAGAAGGUUUUGAUCUUUUGCCACAACAUUGCCCCCAUAAAUUUAUUUCUCGAACUUUUCGAGAACAUUUUUGGGUGGCGGAAGGGAAAAGAAGUUAUGGUCCUCACAGGGGACCUAGAGCUUUUCGAGCGAGGGAGAGUGAUGGAUCAGUUUGAGGAGCCCGGUCAUCCCUCGAGAAUACUUCUUGCCUCUAUAACAGCCUGUGCUGAAGGUAUCAGUCUGACUGCAGCUUCCCGGGUGAUCUUACUGGAUUCCGAGUGGAACCCGUCAAAAACCAAGCAGGCCAUUGCACGGGCCUUUCGGCCCGGUCAGCAGAAGAUGGUUUAUGUGUACCAGCUUCUGGCAGCAAACACGCUGGAGGAAGAUAAAUAUCGCAGGACCACAUGGAAAGAAUGGGUGUCAAGCAUGAUUUUUAGUGAGGCGUUUGUGGAGGACCCCUCUUGUUGGCAAAGAAACAAGCUUGAGGACGAGAUAUUGAGAGAAAUGGUGGAGGAAGACAAAUCGAAAUCCAUUCAUAUGAUUAUGAAGAAUGAGAAGGCUUCAACAAACUAAUGAAAGUGAACAAGUGGGAAUAAUUACAAAUAGAUGCUGCUGCUGCUGUUGCUAAAGUAUGAUAAACUCUAUGGAUAAUCCAGAAGAAGAAGGAGAUGAGAAGAAGGAAAUACAAGAGAAGACACUCAAGGGGUUGUUCAAGGUGUUUUAGCAAGCUCUCUGAUGAAAGCUAAGCCUUUGCUUUUAUUAGAUUGCAAAAGCAUCCUUUUGACUGCAUUAUUGCUGUGCUUUUAGCCUUGUACCUGGACGGACUAAGUGACUGGGAUAAUGACGAUGUUUUACAGUGUUGGAGUAACGUAAAAAGACUUUGGCAAAACGUGCAGAGGAGCCUUUCAAGGCCCCGGUUUGGCGUUGAGUAUUGUCGAUCAAUUGGCUAUGGUAGCUUUUAUAAUUAUAUGUGAGUAAUUCAGCCUA